GCCUCACGAGCAUCAAGCGUCUUGUUAUUCAGAAACCUCAAUUGUUGAGGGCAAUUUUCGGUUGUGAUGUGGUAUAUCUAUCGUAUAUCACUUCUUUCCAUCCCAACAAGACUAUACAUCUCAACUGCCGAUAUAGCACUCAUGUAGGUAUUGCGGAAGUGAUAGCGGCUGGUGCGGAGUCGAGCGGGGGAAGUGAAGUAUAUGUAUUGUUCUUUCCACUAUUGAAGAUUACCCACGCUUCUUCUGCUUCUUGAACAUCUCCCUCUUCAUUGUAAGAUACAUCGAAAUGGCGACUAUUCAUCAUAAUCCCCCUUUUCGCGCCGAGCACUUAGGUUCCCUACUACGCCCAACUGAGCUUCUCGCCAAACGCAGUGCUUUCGAGAAAAAUAAUCUAAGCCAAGAAGAACUUACACAAAUUGAGAAUGAUUCUAUCAAGCAGGUAGUAGAGCUACAAAAGGAGUGCGGGUUUAGGGCCGUCAGUGAUGGAGAAUAUCGACGUGCUGUAUUUUGGGGAACGUUCUUCGAGGAGCUCGACGGUAUGACCGAAAUCCGCAACCCCUCUAUGGACAUUUUCCGUCCUUAUGUUCCUGAUAUCGCUGGAUUCAUCGAGAAAGGCCACAAGCCAGGCCAAUCUUGCCUCUGCACCGGCAAAAUAAAGCACACUGGAAAAUCGACUCUCAUUGGUCAAUUCGAAUAUUUGAAAACUCUUGUACCUGAAGAGAGAUGGAGUGACAUCAAAUUGACAAUGAUUGCCCCACCGUGGUAUCAUCUCAGAUAUAAAGAUGGAAAGGCUUUCCCCAAAGAAGUGUAUGCAAACGAUGAGGAAUAUUUUUCAGAUAUCUCGAAAGCUGUCAGUGCAGAGUUGGACAUCUUGUACGAAGCUGGACUCAGAAAUGUGCAGUUUGACGAUCCAAAUUUUGCAUAUUUUUGUUCCGAGAAAAUGUUGAAGGGUUGGGAGGAAGACAAAUCCAAUACUAAAACUGCUGAGGAGUUGCUUGAUGCCUAUAUCAAGUGUUAUAACGACAGCAUCGAGAAACACACCUCGAAAAUGCAUUUCGGUUUGCACAUUUGCAGAGGUAACUUUAUGGGAUCACGCCACUUUUCCGAAGGAGGUUAUGAUCGCAUUGCUACUAAGCUAUUCCGCAACCUGAAUGUAGCAACAUACUACCUCGAAUAUGACACACCACGGGCCGGAGGAUUUGAGCCAUUGCUCUACCUCCCAUCCCACAAGAAUGUUAUUCUUGGAGUCAUCACCUCAAAGUUUCCAGAGCUCGAAGACAAAGAGAAGAUGAAGGCAAGAGUCAUGGAAGCUGCCGAUAUUGUAGCAAAAGGAGCAGGGCAAACGAGAGAGGAAGCAUUAAAGAGAUUGGGCGUAAGCCCUCAGUGUGGUUUUGCUAGUCAUGAGGAAGGUAAUUCAUUGGGGUGGGAAGAUAUGAAGAACAAGUUACUCUUGGUCAGAAGUAUCGCAGAUGAUAUCUGGCCUGGUGAGGCUUAAGCUGAAAGGCAUGGCAAUUUGUACACUCGCGUAUGAUUGUACAUUAUAACUUUUAGUAAUAUUAUUUCUCAUGACCUCUUGACAAAUAAGUUUUUUCCAACA